AUGAAAGCAAAUUAAAAGAAAUAAGUUUAAUUUGCUAAAGGAACUACAAAUACUUAAGAUAAACCACCAUCUAUUCAAUAGAGUUAAGCUGAUUAUAGUUUAAUAAAUGAGAAAGAAUUUGAAAGAAAUUCAAACUUUUCAGAUUACGAAUUCAUUUAAGCUUGUAGAGAAAUAUUAGUUUGUUAAAAUUGUGCUAACGAUCUUAUAAAUUAAUAUAGAGAGUUAUAUUAAUCUUUUUUAAGCAGAUAAGAAAAAUUCUUAUUUUUAUAAAGUGAUUUAAGGCAAUAUAGAAUCUAAUGUGAGAUUCAUAAUACAAACUUAUUUGGAUAAAAAAGAAAUGAUUUAUUAAGUACUAAUAAAUAAAAAUAUUCACUUAAUAUACUUGGACAAAAUAGAUUAAGUUUGAUGGAUUUCCCAAAGUUUUUAUUUAAAGGAGAAUUUCAAAUAACUAUAAGUCCUGAUGUAUUUAAGACUAAAGUAAAUUACUUUCUAAAAUAAAUGCAAGUAAAUGACACCUUUACUAAUGAAAAAGAUAUUAUUAUGCACAUAAAUGAUAUAAUAGAUCCUGAUGACAAUAUCAAUUUCAAUGAAUUUAUUCGAUAAAGAGAUAAUUAAAUAAUAAUUAAUUAUGAUGUAUUUUCUUAUUUGAGUAUGCAUAGUAUAUUCUUUUUGAUAAAAUAUUAAAAUUUGGUACAACAGUAUUAGAUAUUUAAAUCUAAGAUAAUAUUAAAUUGAAAAUAUUAAGAGCUAUUAGCUCAUUGAUAUUAGAGAAAAUUUUAAAUGGUAGGGAUCAAUUUAUUUAGAAGUAUCAUUUGAAAAUAAAUUUUAUAAGAAUUGUAAUAUUAAUCCAAAAUAUUAUAGCUUAAAUAAUUAAUCAUAUAAAGAAUUGAGAAUAGAAUUCAAUAAAUAGAGUAUGAAAAAUAAUAAUAAAUGUUUAUUGCUUAUAUCGAAUAGGAAGAAAAAUAAAUCGAAGCCAAAAAGGAAAAACAAAGAAAAAAAAGAUAACAACGGAAGUUAAAAAAAAAAGUUAAUUAACAAUUAGAAUAAUUGGAAGAAGAUGAUGAUGACGAUGAAGAAACAAAAAACUUUUGUUGUGAAGUAAAUGUCAAAACUUAAAAAGGAGAAUCUUAAUCUGAUAAGGAAAUUUUAACAGAAUUGCUUAUACUAAAAAGAAAUAUGAAUGAAAUUAAUCAAAAAAGAAAAUAGUUAAGGGAAACUAUUAGAAAAGAGUGGGAGAACUACUAAAAAUAGUUUAAAUCAUUAAAACAAUGAAAUAUUUAAUUUUUUAUUUCCUUUAUUCAAUCGUUUAUGUUCAUGGAGUAGAAUUCAGUUUCUUUUUAGAAUCAGAAGAAAAAUUAUGUUUUGUUGAUGUCUUAGCUCCAAACACUUUAUUAAUAACUAAAAUCCGAUCUUAAACAGACUAAUAUUAUUUUU